CAAGACAACAAGCCAGCCUUAGCUUCCAAAUAGCACUUGUACAACAGGGAUCACCACCUCUCCCUGCUGCUGCCCCUAGCUACCUAGCUAGGGUUUCCAGCUUUAUUUCCUCAUGCAUAAAAACCGCCCCCCCCCUCUCUUCCGUUCAAUUCUCUCAUGCUGAUAUCCUAAUAUUGUCUUGCUGGCUACAUCCAUCCAUCCAUCUCUGACACACACACAUCCAUCGAUCCUUACGAGCUAAGCAACUAGAUCGACCUCUCUUCUCCUUUGCCCUCCCAUAUGUUUCACAUCCAAUAUAUAUAAUGCAAGCCCUCCACUAAGACCCAAAAAAACAAAGGAGAACAAACCCCAUUCUCCUUUAAUUUUAUUCCACUCGCUUUCGCUCUCCCGGCGAUCCCAUCUCUUUCUUCAUUCCCUGGCUGGCUAGCUUUCUCCUCCUCCUCCUCUUCCUCUCCUGGCCCCUUCUCUCUUCUUCGUCCCCGCUUCGCCGUCAUUCCAGUCCAGCUGCGUCUGCGUGGAGAGAGAGCGAGCUCCGUCCUGCCCCCGGCCGGGUAGUGGAUGUUAUUCUCCGAUCCACCUUUAUUAUCUCCCCAUCCUUGCAUGAUCCCCUAAAGCGCCUAUAUACCCUUAUCUCGCAAAGAAGCGAGGAGGAACAAACAAACCCAGAAAAGGCAAGAGAAGCUAGCUCUCCCAAGUAGCAAAAGAUCAAAAGAAAUUAAUUCUAUACCAUGGUCUUUUCUUCGGUUCCUGUCUAUCUUGAUCCACCCAAUUGGAACCAGCACCAGCAGCAGCAACAGCAAGCUCACCAUGGCCAGCUUCCAAGUGGCGGCGGCAGCGGCGGCGGCGUCGAGGCCGGGCAUGCUCAUCAUCACCAGCAACACCAUCAGCUGCCGCCGGUGCCACCUCCAGGAGCUCUCAUGGCUCCUCGCCCUGACAUGGCGACGAUUGUAAUCGCUCCGAGUGGAGGCGGCGGCUGCGGCGCGGGUGGUGGUGGCCCGACUGGCGGCUCCUCGGUGCGCCCGGGCUCCAUGACGGAGCGGGCCAGGCUCGCCAAGAUCCCGCAGCCGGAGCCGGGGCUCAAGUGCCCGCGCUGCGAGUCCACCAACACCAAGUUCUGCUACUUCAACAACUACUCGCUCUCGCAGCCGCGCCACUUCUGCAAGGCGUGCCGCCGGUACUGGACGCGCGGCGGCGCGCUCCGGAACGUCCCCGUCGGCGGCGGCUGCCGCCGCAACAAGCGCUCCAAGUCAUCCAAGUCCAGCUCGUCGUCGGCCGCCUCUGCUUCCGCCACGGGCGGGACGUCGUCGUCGACCUCCUCCACCACCACCGGCGGCAGCAGCGCCGCCGCCGCCAUCAUGCCGCCUCAAGGGCAGCUGCCUUUCAUGGCCUCGUUGCACCACCAUCUCGGUGGAGAUCACUACAGCACCGGUGCAUCAAGGCUAGGGUUCCCCGGACUGAGCUCGCAGCUGGAUCCUGUGGACUACCAGCUCGGCGCCGGCACGGCCAUCGGGCUGGAGCAGUGGCGCCUGCCGCAGAUACAGCAGCAGUUCCACUUCCUAAGCCGCCCCGACGCCGUGCCGCCGCCAAUGUCCGGCAUUUACCCGUUCGACGUUGAGGGCCACGGGGACGCCACUGCCGGCGGCUUCGCCGGACAGAUGCUGGGCGGCUCGUCCAAGGUGCCCGGCUCAGCGGGGCUGAUCACGCAGCUGGCGUCGGUGAAGAUGGAGGACAACCCACCGUCCACGGCGAUGACAAGCUUAAGCUCGCCGAGGGAGUUCCUUGGCCUCCCUGGGAACCUCCAAUUCUGGGGUGGCGGCAACGGUGGUGCAAGUGGCAACAAUGGAGGCACGGCCAACGCCGGCGGCGGUGGCGCUAAUACCGCUCCGGGCAGCAGCUGGGUGGACCUGUCAGGAUUCAACUCGCCGUCGUCGGGGAACAUACUGUGAUGCAUGCGCCCUGCAUGCUGAUUGCUGCACAAAAGGUAGCCCUAUUUAUGCAAUGCAAUGCAAGCCCUGAAGCUUAAUUUUUAGUCAUGGCUUCUGAGAAAGUUGACAAAGGAUUAUAUAUAUAUAUAUAUAUAUAUAUAUAUAUAUAUAUA